AUGGAUGCCAUUACGAAAGACCUCCAGAAGCCGGCUCCAUGGACGCUUCUUUAUGCCGAUGACGUGAUGCUCGCUAGCGAAGACAAAAGUGAGCUCGAGUCACAGGUGCAGACCUGGUCCGACCGUCUGGCUAUGUUCGGGCUCAGGUUAAACGUCAAAAAGACUGAGUACCUGACCACUGAUUCGACCGAGCCAGGCACUAUCAAGAUCAAUGGCACUGAGCUCACACUUACAACAACCUUCAAGUACGUUGGAUCGGCAAUUGCGUCUGAUGGCAGCCUGGGUUUUGAAACGAAAUCUCGCGUAAAUGCAGCGUGGUUGAAGUGGCGCUCAAUGACUGGCGUGCUCUGCGAAAGAACAUCCCUGAGCGUCGCAAAUCCAAGAUCUACAGAACCGUCAUCCGGCCGGUCGCAAUCUACGGCGCUGAAUGCUGGCCUGCGACCAAAGAGGUUGAAGCCCGUCUCAGCGUGA